AUGUCCCUCACACGCACCAACCCACGCUUUCUUACCCGUACAAACCGCAUCUUCACCUCGCAAAUACGAACAUAUGCUGCGCCAGGUGACGGCGUGAUCCCACCUGCGAAGAAGAAGUAUGUACCGACUUCGGGCACAUACCCGCUCGGGUUCAAGGCUGGAAGUGCCCAUGUUGGUGUCAAGGCUUCCAAUACCCGCUUCGACGAUCUUGCCCUCAUCGCAUCCGAUACACCAUGCGCAGGAGCAGCCGUCUUCACGACAAACAAAUUUCAGGCAGCUCCAGUUACAGUUAGCAGGGAUAUGCUGAAAAAGAGGAAGGGCGAGGGAAUUAGGGCUGUGGUGGUAAACUCUGGAUGCGCCAAUGCCGUGACGGGACGAGGAGGUAUCGAGGAUGCUAUAUCCAUGGGCAAAGAGACCGACAAGUGCUUCAUACAAGACAAGAACGGUCAAGAUGACCUGAAAGGAAGCCGAAGCAUUGUCAUGAGUACCGGUGUCAUUGGCCAACGUCUGCCCAUUGACAAAAUCACAUCAAAGAUACCGACUGCAUACUACAAUCUCGGAGAUACGCACGAACACUGGCUAGGCACCGCACGCGCAAUUUGUACGACUGACACGUUCCCCAAGCUCGUCUCAAAGACAUUUACCCUACCAAGCACCCAACAAGAAUAUCACAUUGCGGGUAUGACUAAAGGCGCAGGCAUGAUCCAUCCCAACAUGGCCACUCUUCUAGGCAUAAUAUGCACAGACGCGCCCGUCGCCCCUUACCCACUCCGUCAAGCGCUCGUCUCCGCCAUCGGAAAAUCUUUUAACAGCAUAUCCAUCGACGGCGACACGUCUACCAACGACACAGUAGCUAUUCUAGCCAACGGUGCCGCGGGUGGACAGCCCAUCAACUCCGCUGAUUCUCCAGACUUUGCCGCUUUCCAAAAAGUCCUCACAGAUUUUUCGAUUGACCUGGCGAAGCUAGUCGUCAGAGACGGAGAAGGUGCAACCAAGUUUGUUACUAUCAAGGUGACAAAUGCCGCGUCCUACAAGGAUGCACACCGCGUAGCUUCCACUAUCGCACGCUCACCGCUCGUCAAGACAGCCUUGUACGGAAAGGACGCAAACUGGGGCCGUAUCCUGUGCGCGACGGGCUACGCAGAAGGUGUCGACUCCGUUGUUCCCGAAGAGACAAGCGUAAGCUUUGUACCCACGGACGGUAGUGAGGAGUUAAAGCUGCUUGUCAAGGGUGAGCCGGAGCUGGUCGAUGAGAACAGGGCAGCCAAGAUCCUAGAGGCAGAAGAUUUGGAGAUUAAAGUUAGGCUGAGCGAAAAGGAAGGAGAGGAAGCUGUCUUUUGGACAUGUGAUUUCAGUCAUGAAUACGUCACUAUCAAUGGUGAUUACCGGACAUGA